CCUCCCCGUUACAACCUACUCCACAGUCCACACCUUCCGGUCCCCUCGCCGGCCGAACCACCGCACCGGCUGCGCCACCAGUGCCGCGUCUUCGCGGCGCUUGUACCGGCGGCGUUGACUCCCACGCCACCACCAAGUAAGCUAUCAAGUCACCUCACCCUUCCCAAAUCCCACUCCCCCACCCCACACCACCUCUGACCACGCACAAAUGCCCCCGCACGCCUCCCCCACACCCGCCUCCAGGCGCGUCGUCUACGUCCUCCUCGCCGCUCUCGCGUCGGCGCCCUUCCUGCUCCUCCUCCUCCUCUACGAUGGCGCCUCCCCCUCCGCGCUCUGCCCCGCCGCCUCCCGCCGCCUCAGCUACCCGUCCGUCCUCUGGUCCCGCGUGCCCCCGCUCCCCGCGCUCCCCACCUCGCCGCACCCCGCACUCCGCGCCUCCCGCUGGAUCGUCUUCUCCGCGUCGCCGCACCACCUGCGCCACCGCCCGCUGCGCUCCGUUCCCGGGUGGCAGCUCCUCGCCGUCGCCGACGAGGCGACCCCCGCGGGCUGGUCCCACCCGGGCGCCGUCCUGCUCACGCUUGCCGACCAGGCCCUGCUCGGCUUCCGCUCCGUCGCCUUCCUCCCCACGCGAGGGCCCGCACGCAAGGCCGCCGCGUACCUCUUCGCCGUGCAGCGCGGGGCGCGCGUCAUCUACGACGCGGAUGCGCGCAACGCCGUCGUUGGGGGGAACCUCUCCUGCCACUUUGACGUCGAUCUGGACCAGCGCCAAGGGGGCGCCGUGCUGCUGCAGUACAGCCACGCGGAUCCUAACCGGACGGUCGUGAACCCGUACGUGCACUUUGGACAGCCGUCGGUCUGGCCGCGGGGGCUGCCGCUGGAGAGGGCCGGGGAGGUGGGCUCGGAGGAGUUCUACACGGAGGUGUUUGGCGGUGGGCAGUUCAUACAGCAGGGCCUGUGCAAUGGGCUUCCGGAUGUUGACGCUGUGUUCUACUUCACCCGGAAGUCAUCGGAAAUGGAAGCAUUUGAUUUCCGGUUUGAUGCGGAUGCACCCAAGGUGGCACUGCCGCAGGGCAUGAUGACGCCAGUCAACUAUGUUAACACACUGUUCCACUCAGCGGCGUUCUGGGGGCUUGCAUUGCCGGUAUCUGUGAGUCCAAUGGCGUCGGAUGUCAUACGUGGGUACUGGGUGCAGAGGAUACUAUGGGAGAUUGGAGGGUACUUAGUGGUCUACCCACCGACUGUGCACCGCAUCGAUGAUGUGCAUGCUCACCCAUUCGAUGAUGAGAAGGAUAUCCAUGUCAAUGUAGGGAGGUUGAUAAAGUUCCUGUUGGAAUGGCGGUCCAGAAAGCAGACACUAUUCGAGCGAAUUCUUGAUUUGAGCUAUGCGAUGACAGAGGAGAGAUUCUGGGCUGAAAAGGAUUUGCAUUUCAUGGCUGCGUGGCUGCAAGAUCUGGUCGCUGUUGGGUACCGGCAACCAAGGUUGAUGUCCUUGGAGAUUGACCGUCCGAGGGCGACCAUUGGACAUGGGGACAAGCUGGAGUUUUCCCCCAAGAAGCUGCCUUCUGUGCAUCUCGGGGUUGAGGAGAUUGGGGAAGUAAGCACUGAGAUUGGCAAUCUCAUAAAAUGGAGGAAGCAUUUUGGUGAUGUCGUGCUCAUAGUGCAUUGCACCGAACCUGUGGACCGAACUGCACUUGAGUGGAGGCUGCUUUAUGGUCGGAUAUUCCGGGCAGUUGUUAUUCUUUCAGAACAAGGAAAUUCUGAUCUUGCUGUAGAAUUCAGCAACUUGGCACAAGCCUACAAGUACUUGCCCAAGGUGUUUGAUCGAUUUGCAGGUGCUCAAGGAUUUUUGUUCCUUCAGGAUCAUAUGGUCCUUAAUUACUGGAGCCUCUUGAAUGCCGAUAAGGCAAAACUCUGGAUAACCAACCAGGUGAAGGAAUCUUGGUCGGAUGUCCCUCUACAGGGUAAUAAAAAUGAUUGGUUCGUGAACCAAGGAGAGAUGGUUAAAAAGGCAGUCGGUAGUUUCCCAUUUCAUUAUCAAGCCAAUUACAAAAGAAGUGUAGGUGAAAAUAAGAUAAUACAUUGCAGCAGUGAGAUAUUUUAUAUACCUCAACGGCAUAUCAGUGACUUCUCAUAUCUUGUUAAAGUUAUUGGAAGCUUAGACAUUCAUCACAACAUUGCAGUCCCCAUGUUAUUCCUUGCAAUGGAUUCACCAAGCAACUUCGAAUCCAAAUCAUUGACAAAACUUGUUUAUAGGACAGAUCUGCCAUCGAAUACCACUUUCUCAACAAUUUAUACUGCUGAAGCACAUGCAGUGUACCCUGUGAAGGUUCGGAAUGAGAUGGAUUUUGUAAAGCUAAUCAGAGUCAUGGCUUCAGGAGAUCCAUUUCUUAUGGAAUUGGUCUGAUCUAGGAUUCCACUAAAAUUUGAUAUUUCGGGUUGAUAAGGGAAAAAAUAACAAUGUUCAAGAUGCAAUUUUAUUCCUUUUCGCCCCUCUUUCAGCUGUAAAUUCAAUUUGACACCCAUCUUUUUUUUAUUUUGGGUAAUCUAGUGUUACUUGAUCUCACUGUACAUGCACUCAGAUGAUAGAAACUUACUUUGUUGA